AUGGGUACUCCGCUGGGCGAGAUUGCAGCCGUCCUGAGUCUGGGGAAAUCUGCUCUGAAGCUAUAUAACACCUGCUUUAAUCAAAUACAAGAGCCUGGAGAUCAAUUGCUUGAAUUCGAGACGACUCUCCUGUCAUUCACAGGGAAUCUUGAAGUGGUCCAAUCCAUUAGUGAUUUUGUAGCUUCUGGCCCCUCUGAUAUGCGAAAAAGGCUACAGGGCUUCCAGCAACUAGACUUGAAUAUCAGAGCCUCCAAAAUUAUACUGCAGGCUUGUGACAAAUUUCUCAAGGAACAGGCUGCGACCAUUCAGAAGCGUGGGCUUAUGACAACACUCAAGUUCCUUGUGAAAGAUGGAUCACAGGAUUUGAAGGAUCUACAAUACAGAAUCCAGAAUAUCAACAGCCAGCUAAACACAUCUAUACUUACCAUCAAUCUCAAUCUGCAAAUCAUAUAUGGAGGCAGGAUAGAAGAGCGAAAAUGGCCCGAAUUGGAUCCAUUGCGGCGAGACUCUGUGACCGAACCACUUCCACUUCAGGUACCCUUCGAGCUUGCCCGCAGCCUAACAAUAACUGCUCGCCAGCAACAUAGCAAGCUAGAAAAUGCUCCUGUUACCAACAGUAUCGAGACGUCCAUUGUCCAUCUGUCCAGAGCAAAAAACAGACUUGAGUAUGCGAGCAAGAAUCCCAUCCGGGAAGGCUGGAAAGCGGAUGUCGUCCUUGACCUCAUGAUCAGCGCCUGGAUCUUAACGGCUUUGGUCAAACCCAGAUUCAAAGACUCGGCCAGCAAUCUUGAUAUGCAGGCAACAAGCGAGGAUACGAAGCCGAGAAUAAGACCUUUGGUAUGGCGAGUGGAAGAGGAGUUGCGUAAUAUCUUUGACACAAACUCUUUAGGCAGUUUUGAAUCGGAUAAGGCAGAUAUUGACCAGGUGCUUUCCAGCUUUGACUCACGUCCAUUCAUCCAGUGGGAAUCGAGCACAGCGGCUGAAACCCCGCCGACUGACCAGCUAGAAGGGAUGGAAUCAUACCUACAACCUAUCCUUACAAUUAGCAAGCACCAAUCUGAGAGCUCCACGCAGAAAACCACGCUCUACCUGCGAGACGAGAAAACGCUCAUCAUAGUGAAGGCGACUGAAGACCGGGAUAAAAGGACGAAAGACAGAAUGAGCAUCCCAGUUCCACUACAUAGCGCCCAAUUUGUCCCUAUAUACGCAUUUCCCAACGCAAAACGUGGGGUUUGGAACGCAUCAAUCCAAACGACACCAAAUAGCAUGUUGGAGUCGCUCUCAUUUAAGAGUUUGUCAACUCUGCAUCAAUUUCAACAAGCUAUUACCGCAUAUGAAGUUAAAUACUUCGAAAAAAACAUAGCCAUGGCGAUUUACGAUGGUAAGCCGAAGAAAGAGGACGGCAAGUCGAAAGGUUUAUACGGCAAGUUACAAAUUUGGAUCCAUAACCCGAUAAAACCGAUCGAGAAAGAGGAGGAUAGUUUGCGCCGCCUUCCGUCGGUUACAUCAAAUCCAGUCUCGUCGAUAUUAAGUGGCAAUGGGAAACGUUCGACUCGAAACGCCUCAGAGUCUUCGCUACAACUUAAAUCAGCACAGACGACUCGCACAUCCAUUCGUGAUAAGAAAGAUAGAAUAGGAAUUCUGGUCGACGAACCAGAGCCUCCAUAUCUAAUCCUCUUCGUCGAAGGUGAAUCUACUCAGAAGCCUCUAUCCUUUAUAAGUAUUGAAAUGAAUCUUAGCACGACCGUAAAGUUGGAGUCGAAUGCAAAUGCGCAGUCGUAUAGAGCUGUUGUCGAGGCAUCAGGCGAUCUCGCUGCAGAGAGGCAUGAGACUGCUAAUCUUGCUGCCGCGGGGAUUUAUCAGCGUGGCAACACCCCAGAGGUUGCGAAGAAGCUGUAA